ACUCUUGCCCUUUUAUUUUUUCUUCUCUUUCUUUUGUUACAGUAAAGAGUUUACACUCAUGAAGUCGCCAAAGCUCGUGGCACAUUUUCUUACUUGUGGUCCUGACAUAGUCAAUCCACAAGCAAUGAAUUUAUGAUGUUUAAACCGACACCUACUCAAUCAUCAAAUUGUUUGUGUUUGGGGUGAGAAAAAUGGAAUCAUAAUUAUGUGCGAUCAACAGAUCACCUGUUCUGCAGAAUUCUAGUAGAGAGUGUUAAAAAAAAAAAAAAAAAAAAAAAUGAAGUGUUUGUUGUUGACAUUUCUGGAGCUUAAACCGUGUCUUCCCCGUCCGUGCUAUACACAUUUACAACAAUAUGCAGGAGAUGGGUGUGGGGUCGGGUCAUUUAACCUUAAAUUUCGCGCUUAAGGCUUGCGCCAAAGUAAUGAAGCAGAUGGAAGGGGAGGGGAAAUUCAUUGCCGAGUUUUGAAGUUGGGGUUUGAUCGUGAUUUGUAUGUGCAGAUCCAGACGAUUUCAGUUCUUCGUCUCCUUCAACCUCUUUGCCUCCUUCGUUUGCAUCGCCUCAUCAUCACCAAUCUAUGUCAUAGCUAAAAUCCCGAAUUGGCCCCAAAUUCCUGUUGAGAUUCUAAGACGAGUAUUAUUUGCAGAUAUCAUCCGGGGGUAUAUGGUUUCUCAGAGCCCUUAUCCUUACAUGCCUUGGUGGUUGUUCAAGCUUGUCAUCACAUUUGGGCCGUCUCGUCAGUGACUUUUUUAUGUGUCAUCGUUUAAGUAGGCAGAUUGAACAUGGCAGCAGCUACAAUUGUUCCUAUAGUUCUUAACCUUAAGAACUAUGACGAUUGGACUCCUCGGGUUAAGACUUACUUGAUGGCAGAAGAUCUUUGGGAUAUUGUCGAAGGCAUAUAUAAAAAACCGCCUCUUAUUGACCCCUUGCCAACUGAUGGAUCUUUACCAAUUAUCAAAACAGCAGAAGAAAAAGAAACUGAAAUUAAGGCUUGGAAAAUGAAGAAUGUCAAGGCCUUAUAUGCAAUCCAGAAUUCUUGCGGGGAUGAUACUUAUCAAUUUAUCAAGAGCGCAACCACGGCCAAAGAAGCAUGGGAUACUUUGUUAGAAAAAUUGAAUCCAGGUCGUGAUCAAUCAUCAGACAGAAGAGACGAGAGGAUACUUGUUCAAGCGUAUCCAACACGAACCAUUCAACAUGAUGCCAUCCGAGAGUUGGCAAAGGAAGAAGGGCGCACUGGAGGACUUGAUGAGAGCAGUGGCAAUGAUAUCCGGGAAACUUUCGUCAAAUCUGUGAAGUCGGGAGAUUGGGAUAAUGCGAUCAAGUUACUUCGCAACCAUCACGAGCUCGGAAGUGAAAGAAUUUCAGAUGACAGAAUUCCAGGUGGCGGUACAGCUCUUCACUACGCCCUCUGGAAUUUCAGAAGUAGGGUGCGCAUCAUAAAACAGCUGGUAGAGUCAAUGACAAAGGAAGACUUGGAAAUACAAGACAAUCUUGGUUUGACAGCACUUUUUCUUUUAAUAACAUUUUGUCAAGAUAGGGUGGACGUAGCUAAAAGCAUGGUUGAAAAGAACGACAAGUUACUUAGUAUUUUACCUGCCAAUACCAUCGGCAACAGGACGACUCCUCUAGUUGUCGAGGCUCAGAGGUUGUCAAAUGGGGAAAGAAUGGCUCGUUAUCUGUAUUCGGUCACUCCACACGACACUCUACACGUUAGCGAUGCCGCUCAACUAAUUUCUCUCGGUUUUCACCUCCAUAGAUUUGAUAUUGCGUGGGAUUUGAUUCAACGUUAUCCACAAUUGGGCAUGGCUAAAAACUACAACGGAGAUUUUCCCUUAUUAACAUUGGCCAGUAACCGUUCUGCUUUCUUAAGUGGAUGCCGGCUCAAUUUCUGGGAAAAUUUGAUAUAUUACGGUAUACGCAUGAAACAUCUUCCUUCCAUCAACAAUGAUAUUCAGAGUGAUCAAGGGCAUGUGUCAGACCAAAAAGAGAAUCAGAGUCUCAUUUCCGUAGUACUGGGUUUAUAUAUCCGAGGACUGGUGACGAAGCUCCAAGAACUUUUGGGAAUCAGUCGUAUAUAUCGGAUGAAAUUGAUGCAUGAGAGAAUCAACCAGUUUCUACCCCUCAUGUUUGAGAAUUUGAUAGAAACUAGGGAUUUUGACCAAAUCGUAUGCUUGAACAAAGAAUUGUUCGUAGCAGCAGAAAAAGGGCAUGUGGAGUAUAUUACUCAUUUAUGCAGAGCUUCCUCAUUCGCCUUAACCUUAAUUCGGAACGAAAAAGGACAAAACUUGUUCCAAGUUGCCGCUGAAUGCCGUCAGCACAAAGUUUAUAAUCUUAUACAUGCCUUUGAUGACUCCGAUCAAAGUGAUGUAGUAAAAUUGACCAAAAUGAAAAGAAGUGAGGUUGUCGGCCUCGUUGAUAAGUUUGGCAAUAAUAUGCUACAUACAGUAGGAAGUAUUUCCUCAAUGACAUUGUCAACGAUUAAUCACAUUCGAGGUGCAGCUUUACAAAUGUAAAGAGAAUUACAAUGGUUCAAGGAGGUGGAGAGUGUUGCAGAUCACAAUGAUCGUGAAUCUAUAAAUAAAGAUCAUAUGACGCCACGUGAAGUAUUUAUGAAGAGCCAUAAAGAAUUGGGGAAAGAGGCAGAAGAAUUAAUGAAAAACACAUCAACUUCUUGUACAGUUGUAGGUGCCCUCAUUGUUACCAUGAUGUUUGCCGCAGCAUUCACAUUUCCUGGUGGAAAUAAUGGAGAUACAGGUCUUCCUACAUUCUUAAGUCAAAAGGUAUUCACAACUUUUAUAGUUUCGGAUGCAGUUUCACUCUUUUCUUCCACAACUUCGGUUAUCAUGUUUCUUGGAAUUCUCACAUCACGCUAUUCUGAAGAUGAUUUCCUCAAAUCAUUGCCCACAAAAAUGAUAAUAGGCCUUUUCACCCUCUUUUUAUCUAUCGCAACCAUGAUGAUUGCCUUUUCUUGUGCACUUUACAUGAUGCUUGACGGAAAAAAAGCGAUUGUUAUUCCAAGCAUUUUGCUUGCCAGUGUUCCAGUUGCCUCGUUCAUAUGGAUGCAAUUUCCGUUCCUUGCCGAGUUAUUAAUUUCUACUUUUGGACCGGGGAUAUUUGAUAGGAACCAAGAAAAGUUGUUUUAAUUCCUAUGUUAUCUUUAGUUUGUGUUGGAUUUGCUUCUUGUUAAGAAACUUGUAAAGAGAGGCCAUGUAUAUGCUUUGUCUUUAGCCAAUAAGUUUUGGACUUGGGGAAGAUGAUUCGCUUCUACUGUA